UCCAUUUGUGCUAAUUGUUUGGAAUUUAACAAACGUCACGUAUUCAUUGGUGAGAAGGACCCCUCAAAGAUCUAAGCCAUAAACCACCUUUUACCACCACCAUAUACAUAAUCACUAGCUACCACCGCCGUAACACCACCGUUGAACCAUGACAUGAACCACCAAAUCCAACCACCUCGAAAUCCUGACGAAACAUCUUCGUCACCGAAAUUCGAGUGGGACUUCCUCGUGUCUUCCUCUAUAACCGGUGGACAUAUAUCAGAUACCCUCGGAGUCAUAGAAGUUAACUCCCAGGGUACCCUGUUCGCCACCGGUGGUAUAGCUAGAAAAAUCAGAAUCUACACUUUACAUUCUUUGCCUUUGUUUACAGACCAUGCAACCGCUUGCCGUGUGUGUAUAUGCACAUCAGCCAAGCUCAGCAGCCUUAAAUGGAAACCCGGGUCCGCGGGAAGAACCAUGGGCUCGGCGGACUACGAUGGCGGUAUCUACGAAUACGAUCUAGAAACACAGAUGCCUGUGUUUGAACGUGACGAGCAUGAUGGUCGUCGCGUCUGGAGUAUGGACUACUCCAGUUGGGAUCCCGUCAUCGGAGCAUCAUGCUCUGAUGACGGAACCAUGCAAAUGUGGGACCCUCGUCAGGAUGGUGGGAAAUGUGUGGCUAAGAUUGAUUUUGGUAGACCAGUUUGUUGUGUGGAAUUUAGUCCAUAUGGUGAUGCAUUGUUAGCCAUUGGAUGUGCUGACCGAAAGGCUUACAUUUACGAUGUUAGAAAAAUGGAUGAUCCAAUGGCUGUAUUUGAUGGACAUCAAAAAACCGUGAGUUAUACUAGAUUUGUGGAUGAUCGUACGGUCAUGACAUCCGGUACAGAUGGGUGCAUAAAAAUGUGGGAUGUCGAGGAUCAGAAUCUGAUUCGAACAUAUAAAGGCCACACUAACCAAAAAAGGUUUGUCGGGUUAUCCAUAUGGAGGAACCAAGGGCUAGUUGGAUGUGGGUCAGAAAGUAAUCAAGUAUUUGUUUAUGAUAAGAGGUGGGGUGAGCCCGUAUGGGUACAUGGAUUCGAUCCUCAUGAUCAGCAGGGUGGAACCAUAAGGACCGAACAAGGGUUCGUUAGUAGCAUAUGUUGGAGCCAAGUGGGAGACGACGAAUGUACGUUGGUGGCCGGUGGUUCCGAUGGGGUUGUAAAGAUUUUUUCCGGGAAAAGAAAGCCAUUAACAUCAAUGAAUUAGUUAACAAAAAGGUAAUAACAAUGUUUAAGAAGAUUGAGCUUAUGGACUUUAGGAAGAC